UAAACCUGACAGUUCUCUUGUGUAUACUUCGUAUACCUCGAGAUAUAAUGCCGAGGCAUACCGAAUGCCAGGUAGAGCAAAGUUGUUUCGCCGUUGCGAGGGAAGCUCGGUGCUUUGGUCGGUUGUAGUGUUUGUACUAGGUAUGUACCUACAUAGGUAGUGUUGUAGUGGGGGGUUGACAGUCACAUUCAAUUGUCGAAAAGCACCUUCAAAAAUGGCCUCCCUCUUUCGUGCAACAGCUCCGUCCGCACGGGCAGCUCUGCGAGCAAGCUCCGUUAAGCCGGCCACCGCAGCCCUAGCCAGCACCUCCUUUGUGCGCGGCAAGGCCACCCUCCCCGAUCUUUCUUAUGACUACGGCGCCCUCGAGCCCUACAUAUCGGGCAAGAUCAUGGAGCUGCACCACAAGAACCACCACCAGACCUACGUCAACGGCCUGAACAGCGCCCUGCAACAGAUCGGAGACGCCAACGCAAGCGGCAACCAGUCCAAGGCUGCCACCCUCGCUCCCCUGCUAAACUUCCACGGCGGCGGUCACAUUAACCACAGCCUCUUCUGGGAAAACCUGGCCCCCGCUAACAAGGAUGGUGGAGGCGAACCCGCCGGUGCUCUCAAGUCCGCCAUCGAUCGUGAUUUUGGGUCUUUCGAAACCCUCCAGAGCCAGAUGAACACUGCUCUGGCCGGCAUUCAGGGCAGCGGCUGGGCCUGGCUUGUAAAGGACAAGGCAGCUGGCACUCUCCAGGUCGUCACUCGCGCCAACCAAGAUCCCGUAGCCGGGAACUACGUGCCUCUCAUGGGCAUCGACGCUUGGGAACAUGCCUACUACCUGCAAUACCAGAACAGGAAGGCCGAGUAUUUCAGCGCCAUCUGGAAUGUCAUCAACUGGAAGACUGUCGCUAGCCGCCUUGACAAGGCGUAGGCUAGGUCCAUACCGGAGUAGCGCUAUAUGCACAUAUAGUUAGGUAGGGGAAGACAAUAAGAACUUGUGUUACAUUGUUGGCGUUCAA